AUGGAAGUCACGUUAUCCAGAAGAGAGCCCACUGGGGCCAGCUGCAGCACCAGCACCCCUCAGAAUCCUCUACCACAACUACUCCAACUACCGUCAGGCCUUGCUUUGUUGGAGCUUCAAGGAACCAUCAACCUCCCAGAUCAUAGCGAACCAGAAGAAGAAUCCAAUGGACCCAACCAGACAAGAAUUGGACGUUUGGUCUUCCCAGACUAUGAUGCCCAAGACAAAAGCACCGCCUGGAUGAAACGAGUCUACAUGUACGUUGGAAAACACCAAAGACUCACAGGAGAGGUCAAGAAGUUACCAAAAGCAAUUGCGGUCAUCAGAAAGAAAACACCACUCUCAUUACAGCAAACAAUGGACGUUGAAGGAGAUACGCCAAAGACCGAGGCCCUUGAGAUUGUGGAGAUUGUCAAGUACAAUAUCCUCUUCUCUUCAAGACCAGAGCCAGUUGGAGUUUACGACGGUGGAAAUUGA